GACGUGCCGGUCCCCAGCAUGGCGGCCGCCUGGCCCUUCGGUCAGGCUGUUCCUGAAACAGUGGCUGUCCAGCUCCUGGGUGUCCUGUGGUUCGUGUCGGUCACCACGGGACCCUGGGGAGCUGCUGCCGCCGGGGGCGAGGAGACGCUUAAGUGCGAGGACCUCAAAGUGGGACAAUAUAUUUGUAAAGAUCCAAAAAUAAAUGAUGCUACACAAGAACCAGUUAACUGUACAAACUACACAGCUCAUGUUCCAUGUUUUCCAGCACCCAACAUAACUUGUAAGGAUUUCAGUGGAAAUGAAACACAUUUUACUGGAAACGAAGUUGGUUUUCUCAAGCCCAUAUCUUGCCGAAACGUAAAUGGCUAUUCAUAUAAAGUGGCUGUUGCACUGUCUCUUUUUCUUGGAUGGUUGGGAGCAGAUCGGUUUUACCUUGGAUACCCUGCCUUGGGUUUGUUAAAGUUUUGCACUGUAGGGUUUUGCGGAAUUGGGAGCCUAAUUGAUUUCAUUCUUAUUUCAAUGCAGAUUGUUGGACCUUCAGAUGGAAGCAGUUACAUUAUAGAUUAUUAUGGAACCAGACUUAUAAGACUGAGUAUUACUAAUGAGACAUUUAGAAAAACACAGUUAUAUCCAUAAAUAUUUUUAAAAGAAACAGAUUGGGCCUUGUUGAUUUUAAUAGUGAGCUCUCAGUAUGUGGAUCUCCAGAUUUUCCAUUUUCCUUCUUCACAUAUCAUUUUAUGGAUUCUAUAUCAUUUUUUUGUUGUUGAUAAUGUUUUUGUUUUGUUGUUUUUGUUGAAAGCAUUUUCGUCUGAGAUUUAUUUAAUAGCACUUUCUUUGAGAGCUGUGUAAUCAUGGUCUUUCCUAGGCUACUGUCUCUAUGAGAUAGGUCGUUUAUUACCCCAAUAUUCUUUCAUGUGCUUUCCAAAGGCAAGUUGCCCGCUUGUCAUUUUUCCUUAUGAAAAAUAAAAAUGACUUACUCACAUUUUUAGUGCUUUAUUAUUAAGAAACCUUAAAUGUUGAAUGUAGCUGUCUUCUGCAUUUUGAUCCUUCAAAUCAGUUAAUCCAUGGUGUGAACAAAUACCGUGAUAUUGCCUGGGGUACAGCCUAGUGUAUGACAACGCACCUGGUUUUCUGUAGCUUUCAGAUCUGUCUUUGCCUUGGUAUCCGAGGAGCUAAUGAUCACUGGGGAGUCUGAAACCUUGAGGCAACAUGGACACUUCUGGCAUUGAUUCAGGCCUCUGAAGUGUGAACUUUUUCCUUUUAGCUUUGAGAGUGAUGCGCUAGCUUUUGAAAGACCAGAUGCUGACUCAUCUAGCUCAGUGCAGUUACAUUUGAAGUUGGAUGGACAAGGUGGGAACACUGAACAGACGAUUAAUGUCUUCCAUCUGUUAGCACUGCCAGACAGAUGCUGGACAAGUGCCCGAAGUGACGCCCCGGUGUCCGAAGGAAGCAGCACCUGCAUAUUAGCACUGGUUUUCCUUACCGUGUUUUAGAAGAGUUUUAAGAAGAUGGAAAUACAUGAAAUGUUAUGUCCCCAUAAUUCUGUCAUGUACUUUCUUCAUUAACAGGAACACCAAUUUCAAAACUACUGCGGCCAGGCUCCUCAAAAGUAAAAACCAUAAUUUUUUAUCACUCAUUUUGCUCAAAAGGAUGCUGUAUUCUCCAGUUCGCUUUCUAACAUUUAGUAACAGAUUCUUCAGUUGGUGGGAGAUUAAGUAUUGAUACAUGAAGUGAAUUUGGGUUGACUCCUAAUACACAUUAGAAAUGGUCUCUUUGCUUCAUUUGUUAAUUAAAAUAUGGAGCAGCUACCGUUUGGGAGGUACUGUUCCAGAUGCUAGGAUGCAGCAGUGAACAAAACACAAACAUCUCUUCCCUUAAGGGCUAAUAUUUUCUUAGGAUGUGCUUUUUCACAGUGAUAUUUUGGCUGCAGUUAAGCUAGUAUUUUCCUAGAUUCUUUCGGUUGCAAACAGUGCUUUGAAGUUUCUUCCAGAUCACCUAACCCCAGAUUUUAAAAGUCCUUUACGUUUUCUUAGCCGUAUAAAUUCAAUUAUAUAAGAAAUGCUUGUAGUCAAAUCUUGAAAAGUAAUGUUGAUUCUUGCAUAAUUGUUACAGUUAUUAAUAUGGCCAGGUGGGUAGUCUUUUUCAAAGGUGUUUCUCAAAGUAAGCAUUUAUUCGAAUACACUGUAGUACUAUGGGUCAUUGAUAAAACCUAGAAAGAAAGUUUCUUUGCAAAGGACUCUUGAACCUUUAGACUUUAUUUUCACUGCAAUAGCCUAGAUUUACAUGACAAGAACACUUUUUUCAGUUUGCGUAAUCCCCUAAUUGCCUAAUAUAUGUAAUUCUUUAACAUGUUUUUGUCUUAUUAUUUAUUUUUUAUGUCAAUGAAUUUAAUGCAGGUGAAUGCAGGCUUUUUUGAUUGUUUUGUUUUUGUUUUGUUUUUCACUUUCAUGGAACACUUUUAUUUGGCUAUUUAUUAGUGUGUGUGAAUAUGAUUAUAUGUUAAGGCCUUUGUAUGCGAUAUUUUAUAUGAUAACCCUGCUUUUAAAGCAGUGGCCGAAUGGGAGAUGGAUUAGCUCAGUUGAUACUGCUAAACUCUCUAGGAUGGGGUAGAAUGGAUUCUUUCAAUUCUGCAGAAACAGUGUUUCGAUAGACAUACUUACAAAUGGUAGAGGAUUAAUACAAUUUCCCAAAAGUACCUCUUUACCCAGGAACAUUUCUUACCUACACUGUAUUAAACUAAAGGACCUCUUUAAGACUUCAAAGACACUGUUAUAUAGUCAGCAUUUGUUCGUGGGACCACUAAGACUAUAAAAAAUAUUAGUUUGGAGUUAUGUUUUUGUUUUAUAAAAAUAAAUUUGUGUGUCUUCCCUUUUUUAUAUCUAGAUGCUUAAGUCUAACUAUUAUAAGACUAAUAGGUAGCUAGGAAGCUAAAAAGAGAUCUAAUAGCAAGAAACUGGCAAGAAAGAAAAUUAGUUCUUAAAAAGUACAAAUCUAAGAUGUUGGUUCCUCUUCUUCAAACACCUUAAAUGUAGAUAUUUCCUGGGUUUCUGGUUCCUUCCCUUCCUCUCAUUAAAUCACAUUCAUUUUGCAUUUUUCUAUGUACAAAAUUCAAGCUUAAUGCAGAAAUUUUGGGAAAACACCAAAAAGUGCAAAGGAAAAAACGAAAUUCAUUUCAUAGCUCAAACAUUAGUAUUUUUAUGUAUGUCUUAGUACUUCUUCCAUGCAUGUAUGUACAUUUUUCUCCACAAAAAUGAUAUAUAUAUAUAUUGUUUUGCAGUCUACUUGACAUU